AAAUCGAUUAAGGAAGAUGGCGUCAACCAUGGUACAUUUCGUUAUCACUGUUUCAAGUGAUACGUCAAAUGUGACAUGAGUUUUCUUUUAAGUACUAUAUGACAAUUUAAUUAAUAACGUUGUCCAUCAUUUAAAUCGAAAUGGGUAUUUUUUUUGCAAAGAAAAAACCACCAAGUCGUGUCACAGAACAAGAUAAGGCUAUUUUACAAUUAAAACAAACUAGAGAUAAAAUCAAACAAUAUCAACGAAGAAUUGAGCAAAAUCUUGAGAAAGAACGAUUACUUGCGAAAAAACUUAUACAAAAUAAGCAAAGAGAACGAGCUUUACUUCUUUUACGAAAAAAGAAGUUCCAAGAACAAAUAUUAUCAAAGACUGAUGGACAGCUAGAAAAUCUUGAACACAUGGUACAUGAUUUAGAAUUUGCACAAGUAGAAUUAAGAGUUGUAGAUGGCUUAAAAGUAGGCAAUGCUGCAUUGAAAAAACUACAUGAUUUAUUGUCUAUUGAUGAAAUUGAAAAAAUCAUGGAUGAAACUAAAGAAGGCAUUGAAAAACAAAAAGAAAUUGAUGAUAUAUUGUCAGGAGAACUUACUGAAAAUGAUGAGACUGAAAUUGAAGCAGAACUUGAUGUUUUGUUAGCAGCAGAGAUCGCAGAAAAGGCACCAAAUGUAACAAAGGAUAUAAUACUACUAGAAAUACCCGAAGAAUUACCAGAAAAGAAAGAAGGUAAAAUCUUUCCGUUAUCAGAUUUAAAUUAUUAUUCUCUACAUAUAAACAUAUUCAAUUUUUAUUUUUCUUUUUUAUUAUGUUCCAGAACGGAGAAAACAAAAAAUACAAGAAGCUAUUGCUCUGGAAGCAUAAAAAGUGAUAAUUAUCAGUAUUUUAUUGCAUCGACACAUUGCGCAGAGAUCUCUGUAUAUAUGUACAGUACAUUGAAUAUAAGAUUCUGUGCGAAUAAUUCUCAUUCAAAGAGUGUAAUUAAGGAAAUGGAAACUUACAUUUUAUUAGCAAGGUGAUCUUUAAAUACUAAAAACUAUCAUUAUUAUUAUAAAGUGUGUACAUGUGAUUUUAAUACAGCAGAUGAAAAUUUCGAUACAAUGAAUACAUAAUAUCUCUUUUAUAAAUUACAUAUGUCAUAUAUGUUUCAAAAUUUUAAUUAUAUUUAUACUAUCUUGUAAUGUUAUCUUUUUAUCUUAUUAUUGGUCUCUCUUAUAUGUAGUUAUAUAAAAACUGCAAGGAAUUAAAAUUGUUUAAUAAAUA